AGAGGAAACGGAAGUGGCGGUGGGCUCGGGCGGAAGCAGGAAGCGGCGGAGCCGGACGACGCGAGUGGUGUUGCGGCGGACCGUGGGGCCAUGGCGGAGAAGUUCGACCACCUGGAGGAGCAUCUGGAGAAGUUCGUGGAGAACAUCCGGCAGCUCGGCAUCAUCGUCAGCGACUUCCAGCCCAGCAGCCAGGCCGGGCUCAACCAGAAACUGAAUUUUAUUGUGACCGGCUUACAGGAUAUUGAUAAGUGCAGACAGCAGCUUCAUGAUAUUACUGUACCUUUAGAAGUUUUUGAAUAUAUAGAUCAAGGUCGAAACCCACAACUCUACACCAAAGAGUGCCUGGAAAGAGCUCUGGCGAAAAAUGAACAAGUUAAAGGGAAGAUCGAUACGAUGAAGAUUCUCUCCUUGGAGCACCACCUCCUGCACAAAGUCGCAACCACAUCUGAUCUCUCCUCUCCAACAGGCCACUGGAUUUCCUACCUGAGGACCAUGAGAGGCCUCACUUCAGCAGGGAUGAGGGAUGCUCCCUUUUCUCCACCUGGAGCCAGCUGUGAAGGACACUAAGGCCACCUGUGUGCCCUGCCUCAACACACUUUGGUAGCAACGUCAACCAGGGCAUCCUGUUCCUUCAUUCCCACAUCCUUUUUAUUUGUGACUUGGUGAUGUUUCCAGUGCCAGUUCAGGGCUCCGUGGUUCUCCCCUGGCACAGUGUGGCUGCUCAUCUACCCAUUCUGCAAAGGGAUAAUGGAAAUGUCAUACCACACCCCUGCUCAGAGCCCAGAGUGACACCUUCUAGCCCCUGGGAUCUGUAGAAUAGUUAAAUAACAACAAUAAUGUGGUGCUUAUGAUGCUCCUGACACUUCUGGAAUGAUUUACAGAUAUAUCAACUCAUUUAAUCAUCAAAAUAACUGCUUUGGACUAAAUGUCUCUGUCCUCCUCAAAUCCAUGUGAAAUCCUAAUCCCCAAUGUGAUGGGCUUUGAAAGUAAGGACUUUGGGAGGUUAUCAGAGUUAGAUGGAGUCAUGAGGUUGGGGCCCCCAUGAUGGAAUUAGUGCCAUUUAGGAGAUGAAAGGACCAGAACUUUCUCUAUCAGCCAUGGUGGCUACAACCGGAAGGCAGCUGUCUAGAAGCUGGGAAGUAGGCCCUCACUGGACACCAGACCCACCAGAUUUUUGAUCUUGGACUUCCCCAGUUUCAGAACUGUGAGAAAUAAAUGUUUAAGCACUUAUUUUAUGAUUUAUUUUUGUGAUAGUAGCUCAAACCAAGACA